AUGGGCUACAAACUGCCGCUUCGCGCUGGAGGAGGCGGGCAGCCGUCUGAGGCUGCCACCGAUUUCACCCUGACGCCCUUUUCCGAGUCCGUCUUGUCGCAUCUCGUGGCAGCGAGGAAAGAUGUCUCCUCCCAGGAUGGGCAAAUAUUCACCGAUGAGGCGUCCUUCUUGACAUAUAUGGCCUCGGAAAAGUCCAGUGCAAUGUCGACCCCUGUAGACAACAACCUGGACUACCCCAUGUCCUCUUAUUUCAUAAGCUCCAGUCAUAACACGUACCUUUCCGGGAACCAGCUCUACGGCGAUGCCUCUGUGUAUGCAUACACCAAUGUUCUCAAACGCGGGUGUAGGUGCUUGGAGAUAGACGUGUGGGACGGGGAAAGCGACCCGGAACCCAGCAGCUCAGAUGAAGACGAGGAUAAGUCUGAUAAGUCUGACUCGAAGCCUUCACGCUGGGGUAGGGUCAAAGCUCGUGCAGCACGCAUGCGCUCAAGCUCUCGGUCACAUGCUGCCAACACGAACAACGCCGUACUCGCUCAGCCCUCUGGUCCUCCCGGAGGUCUUCCUGGAGCUCAAACCACAGACGGGCCAGAUAGGGUUGGGGACACGGGCUCGCCGCAAAAGCCAGAAUCCUCCUCGCUUGACUCGAACCGCCUUUCACCGCACCCUUCACCCUCCCUGUCUAACAAGAUGGAGCCGCGAGUACUCCAUGGCUACACACUGACUCACCCUAUCACCUUUCGCGCCGUCUGCCAUGCUAUCAGGGAGUCGGCUUUCGUGAGCACGGAGCUACCAUUGAUCGUGUCCCUGGAGGUGCACGCCUCCCUUGCCCAGCAAGAGAUCAUGGUCGAGAUCAUGCGCGAUGUUUGGGCGGAAUUCCUGGUGUGCCUCCCCAAAGGAACGGACGUUUCUGCGCUUCCAUCUCCGGCGUCACUCCGGAGAAAGAUAUUGAUUAAGGUCAAGUGGGUUCCAGACUCUCAAACCGGAGAGUCCAACGACCCAAUUGAGCAUGUGAGCUCAAAUUCCACCGACGGGGCGGGGAGCGAUGCGAUACCAACCUCCCCGGAGAAACGAAAGAAGGCCUCGAAAGUGCUGGCUGCACUCUCCGAGCUGGGGAUCUAUACUCGGGCCUAUACGUUCAAGCAUUUCUCACAGCCCGAAGCUACUAUCCCAACACACGUUUUCAGUCUGUCCGAGAAGAAAGUCCACAGCAUGCACGACGACCCAUCGCACGGGCCUGCCUUGUUCAAGCAUAACAGAAACUUUCUGAUGCGCGUGUUUCCCAGAGGAGCUAGGAUCAACAGUUCAAAUGUCGAUCCGAUCUUCCACUGGCGACAGGGCGCACAAAUGGUGGCCCUGAAUUGGCAGAAGCUGGACACGGGAAUGAUGCUCAACGAAGGAAUGUUUACAGCGACUGGGGGCUGGAUGCUCAAGCCAAAAGGCUACCGCAGUACUGCCGCAGCUGGACCCGCAAACUCUCACAAGGAAGUAGAACCCAAGAGGGAACGGCUAGAUCUGGAAAUCCGACUCCUCGCGGCGCAGAGACUGCCCGUUCCGGUCGACAAAGACUUCUCACACGGUCCCAGAUUGAAACCAUAUGUCAAAAUGCAACUACACGUCGACUCGCUUUCCUCUCCCGACCGCAGCAGCAAAGACCAAAUCGAAACCCGUGGCGGUGAAGACGUCGAUUCCAGCCUUUUUAAACGUAGGUCCGCUGAUUCCCGCACCGAUUCUCCUGAUUUCCGGGGCGAGGUGAUGAGCUGGUUGAAUAUGACAGACGUCCUACAAGACCUGAGUUUCAUUCGGUAA